ACUUUACCAGUUUGCGGAUUCCCCUCCGGUUUCCUUUGUGUGCUAGCGUUAAGAACUGGUUUUUAUUUCUAAGUAUUUGACGAAAUUGUACCACAUAUUUUUAAGAGGAUAGAAAGUGAUACAUUGAGCGGUGACAAUGACGAUUGUGAAAUCAAGCUUUUAGUAAUCAGAAAAAUAGUUUUUUCCAACUUUUAAAUUGUGCUUCAUUUGUAAAGUAACUAACAGUGUUUCAGAAAUUCAGUAUUUUAUUAAAAUUAUCACUCUGCAAUGGAAGAUGAAGCAGACCUGUUUGAAGAUGCAGUAUCAGUAAGUUCAAUUAGUUCAGAAUCUGCUCAGAAGAAAGGGAAACCAUACAUCAGUUUAUCUCACUGCACUGUAUAUCACAGUAUACAGGACAUUCAAUCCCAACAAAGUAAUACUGAGGAAAACCAAAUGGUGGCUACAAUGCAUCAACCAGUUGGAUCCAAUAGUGAGAGUCAUGAAAAUAUGAUCCUGACAAGUCCAUCAAUGUUCCUAGAUGAAGGACACUCAGUAGAUUUCGUGCUGGUAUGGACAGACAGUUCAGAAGCCUGUAAUAAAGAUGCGCUUAAAAAACGGGAAGUAUUUGAACAUCGCCUAGAGGAAGAGGGAUUGAUUCUGGAACGAGAGCAGAAUCGAUCAUUGCACUUUAUCAAGAUCCAUGCUCCAGUUGAAGUUCUUGGUCGUUAUGCAGAGAUAUUAAAACUUCGUAUGCCAAUGAGAAAGUUUGAUGGUCCAGAGGACAUAGAAGAACCAUCAUUUGAUAUCAUGCUUGAAGUUAAAUCUAUGGUACGACGCCUUGUGGAAUUUGUUCUUGUUAACCCAACUGUGUUCCAUCCACAGGAGCACAGGCUUACUGCAGAGUUCAACAGGGAAAAAAUAUAUCUGUUUGAUGUUGAUUCAGAGAAUUUCUUCACAGCUGCUGUUCGCACCACGGUAGUGGAUUUCAUCUUGGAGCGUAUGCAGUUUUCUGAAGAUAAUAAAACUCCUUUCUGUUUUGGAGUAAAUCGCUUGAUAUCUGAAGGUGUUUACAGUGCUGCUUAUCCUCUCCAUGAUGGAGAUUACAGGCAAGAAGGCUGUCUUCGCCAUUCACUCCACAAGGAAUGGGCCUCAAUUCGUAAAUGGAUAAUGUACCAACCCAUAGAUCAUAUUAAAGAAUACUUUGGAAUUAAAUUUGGCCUCUACUUUGCUUGGCUUGGUUUCUAUACACACAUGCUAAUACCUGCAGCAGUGGUAGGCCUCAUCUGCUUCUUCUAUGGAUUGGCUACAAUGUACUCAAAUACUCUUAGUGAGGACAUAUGUAACCGACGUCUGAACAUUGUUAUGUGUCCCUUAUGUGAUACUUGCCGUUACUGGAAUCUGACAGAUGCUUGUGACUAUGCAAGAGUCACAUAUCUCUUUGACAAUUCCUCCACUGUAUUUUUUGCUUUCUUCAUGUCUUUCUGGGGAACACUCUUCUUGGAACUUUGGAAGCGAUACUCAGCUGAUAUCACACAUCACUGGGGGCUCUCAGGUUUUGAUCUUCAGGCAGAACAUCCUCGCCCAGAAUACCUAGCCAGGCUCCGUGAUGCCAAGUACAAGCCCAAAAUCAAUGUUGUUACGCAAACUGAAGAACCAUAUGUUCCAUUCUGGAAAGUCCGUGUACCUGCCACUAUCCUCAGCUUCUCAGUUGUUUUGUUAUUGAUCACAGUGGCUGUAGGAGCUGUGUUUGGUGUAGUAUUAUACCGAAUGGCCUCAGUUGGGCCUAAAAGCAUAUUUGAAGGUCAGAACAAGAUCAUCUUAAUCCCUGCAACAGCAGCUGUUAUAAAUCUUGUUUGCAUUAUGCUUUUGAAUUAUCUGUAUGACUGGUUGGCUGUAAAAUUGACGGAAAUGGAACUUCUUCGAACACAGACAGAAUUUGAUGAUAGCCUGACACUGAAGAUAUAUCUGUUCCAGUUUGUAAACUACUACACAUCAAUAUUCUAUAUUGCUUUUCUUAAGGGAAAAUUUGUUGGCUACCCAGCCAAAUACAAUCGUGUGUUUGGGUGGCGUCAAGAAGAGUGCAAUCCUGGUGGCUGUUUGAUGGAACUUUGUAUUCAACUCGCGAUUAUCAUGGUUGGCAAGCAAGCUUAUAAUACUGUUCUGGAAAUGGUUAUUCCGCUGUUAUUCAAGUGGUGGAACACAUUCAAGAUUAAAACAGGAUUGCAGGCAGAAGACAAAGAGAAUGGAAAAAUAAAGAAACAGUGGACUGAAGACUACAAAUUAUUAGGUUGGGGUCCUAGAGGGUUAUUUCCAGAGUAUCUUGAAAUGGUUUUGCAGUAUGGGUUUGUUACCAUCUUCGUAGCAGCUUUCCCCUUGGCUCCAUUCUUUGCAUUAUUAAACAAUGUUUUGGAGAUGAGGCUUGAUGCAAAGAAAUUCCUUCGAUUCUAUCGUCGGCCUGUUCCAAAACGAGUAAAGGAUAUUGGUGUAUGGUUUUGCAUUCUGGACAUUCUUGGACGUAUCUCUGUGGUCACUAAUGCAUUCAUCAUUGCAUUUUCAUCCAACUUUAUUCCACGGAUUGUGUACAUGAUGACUGUAAGUCAAGAUCACACAGAUGUUGGCUUCCUCAAUCAUUCUUUGGCCUACUUUGAUACGGCACACUUCAGUCAUUCUCUUACCAACAUACCUCAUGUUGACAUAUGCAGGUAUCCAGAGUAUAGAAAUCCACCGUGGCAUGAGCGUCCGUACAAGCGCCCUCUCAUAUACUGGCACAUUCUAGCUGCACGACUGGCAUUUGUUGUUGUAUUCCAGAAUGUGGUUAGCUUUGUAAUGAUGGCUGUCCAGUGGCUUAUUCCUGAUACUUCUCGCCAUCUCCGUGAUAAAAUACGCAAAGAAGCAUACCUCACAAAUGAAAUUAUUAUUGAUCAAGAGAGAAAACGAGCACAGGCCAUGAACCGAGGUCAGGUUGGUUCAGGGGAUUUUCUUAAAGGAGAACUGAACGCUAUGGCUAAUACCAGUAAUAGGUUGGCAUAUAAAAGAAAGAAAUUGAAUGAUGCAGAAGAAAUUCCCCUUUCAGAUCUCCACAUAGUUUGAGAACUUCCUUACUGAGGUAAGUCAUGUGUGGAAUUGGAUACAAUUUGUACUU